CAAUAUUAGGCCAACAUCAAAAUUAGGGUUCCUGCGUAGCGAAAGCACAGAUCUUCUCUAAAUUGAUUUUCUUACCUCCGAUUUUUUCUCCUCUAAUAGUUUUCGCAGUUAUUCGAAUCGUCAUGGAAAUGGAAAGAGUCUUCGAAUUCCCUCACACUCACAUGGAUCGGCGUCCAAGAAAGAGAGCGAGGUUGGGCUGGGAUGUUCCCGAGGUCCCUAAGGCUCAGGUAGGGUUGUUUUUUGGACAAGAGGUUGCGAAUAUUUCAAGCUAUGCUCCUUCUGGGGUUCCCGCAGAAAAUACCACUAGUUCUCUCUUUGUUAAGGGAGUUGCUCGAAAUGGUUCUCCCCCAUGGCGAGAUGAUGACAAAGAUGGCCAUUACAUGUUUGCUGUUGGAGAAAAUUUAACUUCCCGCUAUAAGAUCCACAGCAAAAUGGGUGAAGGAACUUUUGGGCAGGUAUUAGAAUGCUGGGACAGAGAAAGGAAGGAAAUGGUAGCCAUAAAAAUAGUCCGUGGAAUAAAGAAGUAUCGAGAAGCAGCCAUGAUAGAAAUUGAGAUGUUGCAGCAGCUUGGUAAACAUGAUAUUGGAGGCAACCGUUGUGUGCAAAUACGGAACUGGUUUGACUAUCGUAAUCAUAUCUGUAUUGUGUUUGAGAAACUUGGACCAAGCUUAUACGAUUUUCUUCGGAAAAACAAUUAUCGCUCAUUUCCCAUUGAUCUUGUCCGUGAGAUUGGCAGACAACUAUUGGAAUGUAUAGCAUUUAUGCAUGAUUUGCGCAUGAUCCAUACUGACCUUAAGCCUGAAAACAUACUCCUCGUUUCAUCAGAUUAUGUCAAAGUUCCUGACUACAAGAUUACAUCUAGGUCACCAAACUCAUAUUUCAAGAAAGUGCCAAAGUCAUGUGCUAUCAAAGUUAUCGAUUUUGGUAGCACUACAUAUGAGCGAGUAGAUCAGAGUUACAUUGUAUCAACUCGUCAUUAUAGAGCACCAGAAGUUAUCCUUGGUCUUGGCUGGAGUCAUCCGUGUGAUAUAUGGAGUGUGGGAUGUAUAUUGGUUGAGUUAUGCACGGGCGAAGCUUUGUUUCAGACUCAUGAAAAUUUAGAGCACCUUGCCAUGAUGGAGAGGGUGCUUGGUCCACUACCAUUGCACAUGUUGAAGAGAGUUGACCGACAUGCUGAGAAGUAUGUUAGAAGAAGUAAAUUAGACUGGCCAGAGGGUGCAGCCUCAAGGGAGAGCAUUAAAGCUGUAUUGAAGCUCCCUAGACUACAGAACCUCAUAAUGCAGCAUGUUGACCAUUCAGCCGGUGAUCUCAUACAUCUGUUGCAGGGGUUACUUAGAUACGAUCCCUCUGAAAGACUUUCAGCUAAGGAAGCCCUGAGACAUUCCUUUUUCAUGAGGAGAUCACACUAGAUGAUCAGCCAAUUAUUAAAAGAGAUCACAUAACCAAUUACAAUAAGCCGCCGCCACACCCACUGCUGCUUGGUCUUAUCAUCAUACUUGACAUUCUUAAGAUGGGUUCACAAGAGCCCAUAUAUGUGUUGUGUGAGAAGAUCGCUGCAGCACUUCCAAAUUGGAAGGGGUGUCCAUGGUGCUGUAAAUUUUUUCAUCUUAGUCUUGUGAUGCGAAUGACCAAGGAUCGCCCCAACUCUUUGAUUAUCGAUCCUUAUUUAGAAAAACGAAUGUGUUCGUUCGUACUGACUUACAGGAAUUCAAUGUACAUAGAUAAUUACAAUUUUAACAUGUGUGUUAUGUUUAAAAUUUGAGAUUUAUAUGAUUGUGUGAGUAUUAUUAGCUGA